UCCUCAUCUACGCUCGUUUCGAUAUCACCCAUGCUGUGCAACCACACAGGAUGGAACUUAGUUAGCUCAUAUGUGAGUAAUACAAUAGCACAGUUUUGGUGGUUGACAAGUCAAUACCCAGCUGUAGUCAUCAUCCUUCCACCACACCCUCCCCCAUCGUCGAAUAUACCUCUAUUGGACUUGGCUUACGGUUGCCGUCGCAGUCGAACCAUUUCUAUGUGCUAUGCCCUUAUCCUACCGCCCCCUACAGAAGCUGUCUUUGAUUCUCAACGCCCAGUCCAUAUUAAUCUGGGUACGACCUUGAGACGUCGGCAAAAAGGAAAAUCUCUAUAUUCAUUCCCCAACUAGAACUUUCGAAGUUUAGCGAGCCAACGGCAUUUGUCAAUUCGACUUCCGGCAAAAUGGCCGUCCUCACAACGAGUGCAAGGCAGAAUUUUAUAACUUGCGUUGUUAUGCUGAGCUUCACCAUAUUGUCGGUUCUCACAAGGUUCUUAAUCAAACUCACUCAUCGACAAAGUCUCAACGGCCCGGACUAUCUCUGCCUUAUAUCGACCGCUUUUUUCGUCGCCUACUGUAUAUUAAUCAUAAACUUUAUAUUCAACGUUUCAAUUGCUCAUGCUUUUGAUUUCAACCCCGCUUUUGGAAUAUCUGAGGUGCUGAAUAUCUUAAAGGUCUCAUAUGCCGCUGAACUCAUAUUCACAUCCGGGAUAACGUCGAUUAAACUUAGUAUUCUUUGGUUUUACUAUAAUUUAUUUGCCGUUAACCAUCGACUUCGCUUAGUUAUCAAGGUCGUAGGAGUCGUUUGUAUCAUCUGGUUCCUCGUUGCUAUAUUUGUCCUUAUCUUCCAAUGCAAUCCGAUUCAAGCAUAUUGGGAACAAUUCGCUCAGCCGCCUUACUGCCUUGAGUCGCCACGGGUCCUUCUUGGGUACGAAUUGACGAAUCUGUUUCUCGAUGUAGUGAUUCUGUGCGUACCGGUGGGAGUCGUAUCGCAGCUGCAUCUUCAAACCACGAAGAAGAUAACGGUUCUUGGCAUCUUUCUACUUGGAGCGCUUGUCUGCAUCGCAAGUAUUAUUCGAAUAACGGCAAUCUGGAACCCACCUGAUAUUCUCACAAACUUCGAUUUUUCAUUCACGUUCGUUUGGUCAACGGUACAACUAGGACUGGCCAUCAUUUGCAGUUGCUUACCUACAUUCGGGCCUCUUCUUCCCAUCUUAACAAAAUCAUUUCCGUCCAUUCAGAGUUGGUAUGCAUCACUAAAAAUGCGGAUUUCAAACUCUAGCGGCAUGAACAAAUCGUCGAAAGCAAGUAGCAGUGCCGAACGUCCGUGGGCUAGGAUUGGGGGCGGUCAGCAUGACUUGACUUCUAGGACUUGGGCGGAAGGUGAGCAAAAUGACGGCUCAGAAGUUGCUCUUGAACCAAUGCCAUCAAGAAGGAUUCUAGUUAGUCAUGAUAUUGAAGUAUCAUGAUCAUGAUCAAGAAAAUAGUUGCAGGGAGGAGCGGGAAAAGCCUGGGUACUGUAUAUUAGAUAGGAAGAUGCAGGUAAGCUGGGUAUGAGGUAAUUAUCAGUCGUGUACAAUAAAACAAAAAUGAAGGCAGAAGGUGAAAAAUGGAAAGGAUGAGAAACUGAUGGCGGGUUGAGCUGAAAUGGUAUGCUUAUCUCACAUAAGGCUACUUCCUUUAAGGUAGGUAUUAACAGUGAGUGUUAUGUAAUUUCAAACUAAUUAUGACUUUUAUA